AUGCCACCAAUCUCCGCCCAGGGCGGAACGAACCCCCGGUCGCGAAGCCCAGCCGUUGUGAUUCGCAAAUCCUCAUCGAGCACAAGAACGUUCACAGACGAAGGUCAUUUUCCCCGGCAUUAUGACAAGGCAUGGAAACAUGCCGUGCGUAGAAAAGCAGAGGUGGAUGCAAUAAGCUCCUUGAAAGCUGCGUGGAAUGCUCAACAAAGGGCCGCAUAUCAACAAGCUGGCUACGAGAACGAGAAGAAGCCGCUGUAUAUCGAUGUCAGUGAUUAUGAGAUAUAUACUAACCCAGAGACCAAUUUCAUUGGCGAAUUACACUCCUUGGAUUACAUGGACCUUGCUGGAAAGAAACUGUUUUUCAACGGCGUAUUAUCGAUCGGAGAUACCCAACACUAUGUACAGGGUGUCCCUGUUAAAAGUUACUCCAUUGAAGGAUACGGUGUCGACGAUGAUCCAAACACCACGGUCUACAUCGUUUCUCCAGAGACCAGCAACGACAGGGGGUACGAUAUCUGGUACAGACUAGGCGCUCCAAGUCGUCACUACAAACGCUUUCAAGAUGCGUUCCAAUGGGUAGCGACUCUCGGUAAACACGUUAUGGAUUUCUUAGAAGAGCAACAGAAUAUGGGACUGGCAGACUUCCGGCGAAAGUUCGAUGACUGGCUUCAGCGACGCUUCUUGAACAACGCAGAUCUUAGCAAGUGGCGCAAAACUUAUGGAUCGACCGAUUUUCGAAAGAUCCUUCAUGCGCACAUCUCCUAUCUGUGGUCUGAGGCCGUGUGCCUACAGAAUGACGACGUACUGCUACAACAUCCGCUAUGGAAACAAUGCGAAAGGACCGACAAUGGUAUGAUCGAACCGAAAUGCGAGAAAACGGUUGCAACUCCCCAUGUCUACAAGUGUUUCAAGAACAGAUACUUUGCUGGGCAGAUCAUGGAGAUGCAGCCUUCAAGUGCCGUUCUAGCAACUCGCGAACAUCGAGUAAGAGUGCUAGGGUUCCCCUCAGAGAGGCACUCGUCUUCCGCUGUGCCUUCGCGACCGAGUCAUUAUCGAAAGCAAUAUGAGGUCGGCGAUGUGGUUUGCAUCGCCCCGGACGACUUUGAGAACCGGAUGUGGCGCAAGGCAGCAAAAGACGCAGCCACUGUUCACGAAUGGAUCGGGUACGUUCAACGCGUUACGCCAUUAGCGGACGGCCGCCAACGUCUAUACGUUAUAUGGCUGUAUAGACCAGAGGACACUACGAUCAGUACAACGGAUUAUCCCAUUACGAAGGAACUGUUCAUGUCAGACAACUGUAACUGUCAAGAACACAAGCUUCUGUCUUCAGAGGUUGUCAGGCGUUGUUCUGUCCAAUGGUUCUCGCGGGGCUAUAAUACUCGGAACGACUUUCUCGUCCGUCAAAAGUAUGAGACGAAGUCCAGCUCGUUCAUGACUAUGAAGGAGACCGAUUUUCGAUGUACCUGUGAAAGCUCCGCAUCCGCGUCAGUCACCACAACCUAUCGCCUCGGAGAAACGGUUUAUCUGCGUGAGAAAGAUAAUCUGGAGCCAGUCGUUAUAGAAGAAGACGCCGAUACAACGGCGAAGCAGGUCAAGGUACGGCGCCUAUUACGAUUAGAGAAAUUUCGACCAGAGACGUUCUGCGGCCUCUCCCAGCCUCAGCGGCGUGCAGCCGCCAAUGAACUGGUUUGGACAGACAACGUAGAAGAUGUACAGUGUGUCAGGAUAGAAGUCAGGUGCUACGUGCGCUUCUUCUCAACCCAGGACAUGGCCGCUGGACUUGUACAGUUUCCAUAUGACCAAGGAGGGACGGGUCAUUGCUGGACGCUCUCAACGCGCCUAGCCAACGCUGGACAAAGGCUUGAAGACCUCACUACUGCGCCACAAAACCUGCGUGAAGGACCGGACUACACUUCACUCGAAUCGUCGAAGAAACUACCUGGACUCAGCCUCUUCAGCGGUUUAGGUAACCUAGAUAAAGGUCUGGAGGCUGGCGGCGCGGUCCACUUUCAUACUUCAGUCGAUAUGAAUGGUCGUGCUAUACAGACUUUGCGCGCCAACGCCGAGAACUCAGAACAGCUGAAGCUAUGGUUUGGCUCCGUUGACGAUUAUUUACACGCUCUGCUCUCGAACGAGUCACCAAACAUGAAGCUUGUGGCGAAAAUCGGAGAUGUAGCAGUUAUAGCUGGGGGCAGUCCUUGCCCAGGAUUUUCUAAGCUUCAACAAAACUGGUUAAGCGAACAGUCGCUGAGAAAUGCGGCACAUGUGACGACCUUUGCUUCAUUUGUCGACGUUUACCGACCAGAAUACGGAUUUCUUGAAAACGUGGUUAACAUGGGAGUAACGCGCAAGGGCUUUGAGGAGGAGCUGGUACUUUCCCAACUUAUUGGAUGCUUGGUAUCGAUGGGGUACCAAGUCCAACAAUUUAUCAUGAGCUCGUGGCACUACGGCAGUCCUCAACAUCGGAAUCGGCUGAUUCUCUCAAUCGCAGCGCCAGGAAGAACCCCUCUUGCACCCCCGCGCGCAACGCAUGGCGACCCUGAUGGAUUCAAGAGUAAGAGCGUGGGGAGACUUCUUAAUGGUGAAAGAUUCGGUGUACAAGAUGCACAGCUAACGCCUUUCCGCCACGUCACGCCCGGAGAAAAGCUGGGACACCUUCCUUACCUCGGCGCCGGUGUCAGGCAUCCUUGCAUCCGCUCACCAGAUCAUGUCUUACGAUGCCGGCCGAAUAUCAGAGAACGUCGAUGCAUGGCUCAUGUACCGACAGACCCUCCUGGAGUAGGGCUCGAAUACGCUGCGAAACGAGGACUCGUGCCGAAGUAUCUGUACGAGACGAGGAGCGAAGUUAGCGGCAAGUCUUACAGACGCAUCAAGAAGGACGGCCUCAUUGGCACUAUUGUCACUGCUCCCUCUCCACAUGACUCUCGCGCAGGCCCUUUCGUGCAUUGGGAACAGAAUCGGUGCAUUACUCUUGAAGAAGCGCGGCUUGCGCAGGAUAUCCCGCCUGAAGAGAUCCUCAUAGGCAAUGUCAACGACCAGUACAAAAUGGUCGGCAACGCGGUCGACAGACGGGUAUCUAAAGCACUUGGACUUGAGCUUCGGAGAGCAGUGCAUCAAGAUGAUCACAGAACAGUGAAGACGCGGUCGGUAUCCGUGGUAAUCAAUGUCAAGAGACAGAGCUAUGUCAAUAUACCAAGGCCAACAACGGAUUCACAGGCAGAGGAAAAAGCUCUGCGCAUUGCACAAAGCAUCGAUCAAGACAUUGAUAUGCGCGACAAGUCUGACGACAGUCGAACACUCGGUGCAUCGGACACAGCAACUGUUUCUAGAUCCACAUCCCAGGAACAGGCCCGGCGAAGCACGAAUUCCAAAACGUCAAGUUUCAGCCAUAGCAAGUCGAGCUCCAAUACUGUCCCAGAAGUUGAUGACGAGGAGGACCAGCCCCCCGUUCCAAGAGGCCGUAGGAGAAAUGCCUACGUACCCCUAUCAAACAGCGCGACAAUAUCCCGAAUACCAACCGAGCAAAGAGAGCAGGAGGCACAACUAGAACGAGAAUUUGGUUUUGAUCUUGAAGCGAAGCCUCGUGGGGCUGCCUCGUGGGACGAUGCGACGGUCGAGUACGAUGCUCCAGCAACCGUGCCGGCCCUCGCGAUGAGCCGCAAAGGCUUCCUUCGACAGCUGUCAGAGUCUUUUUCCGUGGCUUCGUCUUCCCGUCGAUCCUCCCUCGCCACACCGGGAACCCCAGCUUUACUUUCGGCAGAGUCACCAAACCGCUCGGAUUCAGAGCUGCCUCUGCGAACGAAGCGCUCUCGAGAUCAGAGCGAGGUGGACGAGGACCGUACGGCCAACAGCUCCGCAGAGAAAAUGAGUGCAAACAAACGGGUGAAGGGAACUGAAAAACCUUACAACCUGAUGGUAGAGUUCACGACUGCGGAGAACACACCAGAGCGCGAAUGGCAAGACGAGGUAUCCCGCAAGACACGGCAUUCGGGCUUGGGUCUUGAAUUUGUUCCUCAAACUUGGCACAAGAGGGUCGAGACGGAAGUCAAAGCAAAAGAUAAGACGGUAAAGAAGCCCAGCCCGAGACCAUACGCUUGA